AUGUCCUCUGAGAAGCACGACUCUAGGGACGUCAAGUUGAGUGUCCAGCACUCCGCUCUGGAAAAAGCCAGUCUCGACGGGCAGGGAUCGGUCGAGUAUGAGGACCUCCAAUCAGAUCAGUAUCCUGAUAUUGAUAGAAGAAAGCUUCUUCGCAAAAUUGACCUCAGGCUCCUUCCCAUCUUUACUAUCUUAUACCUUUUAAGUUUCUUGGACAGAGGAAAUAUCGGAAAUGCCAAAAUCGAGGGCCUUGCCGAGGACUUGAACUUGCAAGGCAACCAGUACAACUUGUGCCUUACGAUUUUUUUCAUUUUCUACGCCACCAUGGAGAUCCCGUCCAAUGCUAUUCUAAAAAGAUCUCGGCCAGACAUCUUUGUUCCCGCUACAGUAACUCUUUUCGCUGUUGUGAUGACGCUUAUGGGUACUGUUCAAAAUUACGCCCAGCUCAUGGCCACUAGAGCUCUCUUGGGGUUUUUCGAGGCCGCUUUGUUUCCCGGAAUCUCGUACAUCUUGUCAAUGUACUACAGAAAAAACGAGUUGCUUUUCCGUCAGGCGAUUUUCGUUUCUGCCGCCUCGAUAGCAGGCGCCUUUUCGGGACUUUUGGCUGCUGCCAUCUCCAACAUGGACGGUGUUGGAGGCUACGCCGGCUGGAGAUGGAUCUUCAUCCUUGAAGGGUUGCUCACUUUUGUGUGUGGAGUGCUUUCGUUCUGGUGGUUUCCAAAAUACCCCAAGGACGCUUCCUUCCUCACGGAAAGAGAACGUGAGUUUGUUCUCUGGAACGUUCACCACCUGACCAACCAGGAUAAAGUUCAUCCGGAUGCUCCAAAGGGAGAAGAUACUUCGAGCGAUAAGCGCUACUUCUUUGCUGUGUUGAAAGACAUCAACUGUUGGUGCCAGAUGUUUUCCUACUUGGGCGUGGCGUUGCCUACUUAUGGUAUUUCGCUUUUCUUGCCCACCAUCGUCAAGAACUUGGGCUACACCUCCGUCAAAUCCCAGUUGCUCACAGUUCCAAUUUACGUGGUAUCGUGUGUGUGGAGUAUUAUCCAGGGUUACUUGUCGGAUAGAUCUGGGCUUCGAUCUCCUUUCCUUUCAUUCAACUACUUGUGCAUGAUUGCAGGAUUCAUUGCAUGCAUUUGUUUGGAUCCCAGAACAAACGCACACGGCAUUUACGCCGCCAUGUACAUUGUUGGUUUAGGGAUGUACCCUGCAAUCCCUCUUUCUAUUGUCUGGAACGCAAACAACUUGUCCGGCUCAUACAAAAGGGCGAUUGGCAUUGGGUUCCAGAUUGGACUAGCCAAUUACGGUGGUGCUUUUGUGUCUAACUUUUACAGAAACCAGGAUAGUCCUCGCUUUAUCCUCGGCCACGCUUUGACGCUUGGAUUCGUAUGUCUUGGAGCUGCUGCUAUGGUUAUCGUGGUCUUCAACUACGUCAGAACGAAUAGAAAGGACGAAAUAGCACUUAAAGACGGCGAAUACGAGAAUUACUCCGAUGAGGAGCUCUUGAAGAUGGGCGACAAGAGCCCAUAUUUCUCGUACAGAUUGUAA